UCGAUUAAAACAAUAAAUAAUUUUUCAUUAAAUGUAACAAAAGGUCACAUAUUAGCACUGUUGGGCUGUAAUGGGUCGGGAAAGACAACAUUAAUGAAACUAAUAUUAGGUAGACUUAGACCACAAUCGGGUAAUAUAUUUAUCAAUAAUGAUAGCAAACAACUAAAUGGCAACCGAUUGGCAAAUACGGGCGGUCCGGGUGUGGGAUAUAUGCCACAAGAAAUAGCACUAUUCAAUGAUUUUACUGUCAAACAAAUGUUUCAUUAUUAUGGACUUAUAUAUCAAAUGAAUAGCCAAACAGUUAACAAUCGUAUGGAUGAGUUGAUGGUUAUGUUUGAAUUGCCAUCAAUGGAUCAAAGUGUGGAUACUAUGAGUGGUGGACAACAAAGAUUAGUAUCACUGGCCAUAACACUAAUACAUUCACCAAAACUAUUACUAUUGGAUGAGCCGACAGUCGGUGUCGAUUCAAUAAUCAGAUCUAGUAUUUGGCAUUAUUUGGAGCAACUGUGUCAUGAAAAUAACACAACAGUUAUAAUAACUACUCAUUACACUGAAGAGGCCAGACGUGCAGAUUCAGUGGCUUUUAUAUAUAAUGGCUAUUGUUUGGCCAAUCAAUCGCCUAAUCAACUCAUUGAUACCUACAGGUGCUCAACACUGGAUGAUGUCUACUACGAACUCUGGACCUAUAUUUACUAUUAUUUAAUACCGUUUGCUAUGAUAAUACCGGCACAUCUAGCAUUUGAUAGUCCACAUGAUAUACCCAUUGCUAUUGUUAACAAUGAUAAUAAUAAUAAUAGCAUUUCCAUACAGUUUACCAAUUUGUUAAAUAACCAGAUUUUCCGGAAAACUUAUUACAAUUCAACUGAAUUGGCAUACGAUUCGGUAGUUUCGGGUAAAAAUCAGUAUUCAAUUGUAAUCUCAGAUGGUUUUAGUGAUGAAAUUAUUGGUCAAUUAACUAAUGGUAUCAUCAAAAUUGAUGAUCAAUUUCAGUCUAACUCAUCGACAAUCAGAUUAUCGGCUGAUAUGACCAAUAUUGUCGGCGUAUAUUACGGACAGUACUAUAUAUUUAGUACACUUACGGAUGUAAUCGGCAAUUAUAGUCAAUCAAUAGGCCAUAAUCCCAGAGCCUAUUCAAUGCCUAUUGAUAUAACCUAUAAUAAUAAUAACCUAUAUCGCAAUGUUUGA